ACCUGGAAACGUAUGCGAGUGGGGAGUGAGGCAUGAACUGACAAACAGUAACCAAUCAGCCGGUGGCCAUGGCGAUGGGUGCCGCGGCGACCGCAUCCACCUGCUUCGCCGCCUCCCCCAGCUUGUCUCGAUGCCGCUCUCGCGUCAGGGCGCAGGCGACGUCGCCUUGGGCCGGGGGCGCGGAGGCGCUGGUGCGGUCGGGCGCGGUGAGGGCCGUGCGGCCGAGGGACGCGGCGGAGGCGCUGGGCGCGGAGGGGUUCCGGCUGCUGGACGUGCGGCCGGAGUGGGAGCUCGCCCGCGCCGGCGUGCGGGGCUCGACGCACGUGCCGCUGUUCGUGGGUGACGACGACAUGGGCCCCGUGACACUGCUCAAGAAGUGGGUCCACUUCGGUUACAUCGGGCUCUGGACAGGCCAGUCCUUCACCAAGAUGAACGAUCGCUUCGUCGACGACGUCGCCGCCGCCGUCGCCGGAGACGGGAAGGACGCCAAGCUCCUCGUCGCCUGCGGCGAAGGCCUCAGGUCGUUGAUCGCGGUGAGGAUGCUGCACGAUGACGGGUACAAGAACCUUGCGUGGCUCGCCGGGGGGUUCAGCAAGUGCGUCGACGGCGACUUCGCCGACGUGGAGGGGGAGAGCAAGCUGCAGUACGCCACCGUCGGGGGAGCGUCCUACAUCUUCCUUCAGAUCUUGCUGCUGCUGGGGGUGGUCAAGUGAUCAAUGGAGAGAGCACAUCGGCAUGAUGCCCACGUAGUCUCCAACCUCAUGCGGUCUUUUGAGCUGAUCUGAUUUGCUCUACUUUGCUAGUAUCGAGUGUACUUGCAUGUGGUGGCACAUAGCUAGCAGCUGCAGAAUUUCUCGCAGCUAGACUUUGCAUUGGCACGAUGAAUCAUGUGUGCACUACACGUUUAUUUCUCCAUUCCAUGAAUCAGUCAGGAGUUCAACCCCA